CAAGCUUUGCUGUUUUGAUUUUUCCGUGUAUGCUUGGAAAAUUACAGGCAAUAGUCGACAAACGUCUUUCUAGAAACGCAGGCUGAAAGUAGAUGCCUCACAUAAUAAACCAAAAGACAUUUUCAAACAUUUAAAUAUUGACCUAGGGGAUACUCAUACCGCCUUAGGUUGCUGAAGCGGGUCAUUUAGUCUGUAUUCAUGCAUGUUACUUUUGCUUGAGUUGUUUUUUAUCCUCAUAAGUAUUUCGAAUGGAGAAAAUGAUUAUUUACAUCUUCGGGUGAUAAAUCCAUCUACUCUGCCGUUUACAUAUCGCUUAAGUCCUGGUCAAAUAGGACCCCAUUUUAAUACAACAUUUACGUCCACGUCAUUAGUGCUAACAGAACCUCCUCACGCAUGUGAGCUGGUAAGUAAUGCACAUGAAGUGAAUCGAAAUAUUGCUCUCAUAAUUCGUGGAGGUUGUAGUUUCGUCACGAAAGCUAUUAAUGCUCACGUUGCCGGUGCAGUUGCUGUGAUUGUUUAUGAUUUUAACCGCAAGGCUAUCCACACAUUUAGCAUGAUUCAGGACGAUACUUCCAGACGUGUGCAGAUACCAUGUGCGUUUAUGAAUGGAAAAGAUGGGUAUGUUAUUUGUAUACUUUUUAAAUCUUAAACUGCUUUGGUGGACACAAGUAAUUUCCUUUUGCUAGCCGCUUAUCUUGCUCGACAGAUGGUUGUAAGGAAAAGACCUCCCAUAUAGUACGAAAAUCAGUUUACUUAAAAGUCACUUAGGCGAAUAUAAACGGGAGCAUUCAAGUAAAUGUAGUUGAAACAUCAAACCAUUUAAAAACUUCGGUUGUGUAGUAAUCCAGUAUGAUCUCGUGUUACAUGCGCCAACCCUAAAGACUAGUGAAGUUUAUGUAAACACUCAUGCAAACAACUAACGAAUGUUACAGCUGAUUUCAUUUUCCUUUCAUGAAAUUUAUGCCGAGCAACAGCACCUGUUAUUGUGCAUCUGAAAUUUAAGGAUAGCGAUUAGGAACUAUUUGAAUAAACUAACUGGCAUUCAAUAACCACUGCUUUGGAUAAUUUAAAUCUAACAAAAGCAUUAGUUGAUUUUCCUGUUAAUGUUUCUGUGGUUCCAGUAUAUCACUUACGUUUAACUCCAUGGACAUUAUGGUGAAGAAUAAAAUAUACACUCAACCUUAUUUGCUUCUACAAAUCAAUGACUACAUGACUGUAUUUUCUGCACUAUGAGUACAUGUGUAAAAUACUACUUCUUGUAUAUGACAAUAUGUUUUCAUAUGACCUACAAUUCUUUCAUUUAAAAAUGAGAUUUCCUUUGGUCACAUAAUUCACUUACAUUAUAUUCUACGUUUGUUCUUUCUUCAAUGGUGUAGUCUCCAUUUUCUCAUGUAAAUAGUUGUUCUUUUUGUUAAACCUGCUUACUGUCUUCUCCCAACUGAGUAAUUAUAGUUUUAUUAAUACGUGAAUGGUUUUCAAUAUGGUUGGAUUGUUGUGGAAUUUAGGUCAUGCGUCUUAUCCUACCUAAGACUCAUCCCAUCUCAGUAUUAAUGUUAACAUUGUAACCACUAGGUUAUGUUGAUGCCAACCGCUCACGAUUCACGUAUUUCAAUAACUACUCAGUUUUAGUUCUGAAUAUUAACAACAGGGAACUACAAACCCUUAACAAUAUAGUAUACAUGUAACAGUGUAUGUUAACUCAAGUUCGGGA